AUGCCGGCUUACCACUCUUCUCUCAUGGACCCCGACACCAAGCUCAUUGGCAACAUGGCGCUGCUGCCCAUCAGAAGUCAGUUCAAAGGACCCGCCCCGAGAGAGACAAAAGACACAGAUAUUGUGGAUGAAGCCCUCUAUUACUUCAAGGCCAAUGUCUUCUUCAAAAACUAUGAAAUUAAGAAUGAAGCUGAUAGAACCUUGAUAUACAUCACUCUCUACAUUUCUGAGUGUCUAAAGAAACUCCAAAAGUGCAAUUCCAAAAGCCAAGGUGAGAAAGAAAUGUACACACUGGGAAUCACUAAUUUUCCCAUUCCUGGAGAGCCUGGAUUUCCGCUUAACGCCAUCUAUGCCAAACCUGCAAACAAACAGGAAGACGAAGUGAUGAGAGCCUAUUUGCAGCAGCUAAGGCAAGAGACUGGACUGAGACUUUGCGAGAAAGUUUUUGACCCUCAGAAUGAUAAACCCAGCAAGUGGUGGACUUGCUUUGUGAAGAGACAGUUCAUGAACAAGAGUCUUUCAGGACCUGGACAGUAA